GGUGACCAUCUUUGACCUUGGUGACGGUUUGCGGGAAGAUCCGAAUGGCGCCAUCUGAUUGAAGCGGCCGCCUCGCUGCUUUGCGGAGGGAGAGGGAUAGAGACACAGAGAGCCUGUGGGAGCCGCCAUCGCCACCAUGCCCCGCCUGGCCACGGUGCUGUCCCUCUGCUGGACCUGCCUGCUCUUCAGCGCCGGCCUCGGCCUCUUCCUCAGCGGCUUCCUGCUGGUGCGGCUGGAGCUCCGCAGCCCCAGCUCCUGCCUCCACUCCCCCUCCUCCACUCGGCAUUUUAAUCCGUGCUGGAUGCCGAGGCGCUUUUCCAGAGCUGUCGUGGUCGUCAUCGACGCCCUGAGGUUUGACUUUGCCAAGUAUGAUCCUGGAAACACCAAUCCCAAACCGUACGAGAAUAAACUCGAGGUGAUCCAUCAAAACGUCGUUUCUAAACCUCAGCACGCCAGACUGUUCCGUUUCAGAGCCGAUCCGCCCACAACCACCAUGCAGAGGAUUAAAGGGAUGACCACCGGUACCUUGCCUACCUUCAUAGAUGUGGGCAGCAACUUUGCAUCAACAGCAAUUGAGGAAGAUAAUUUGAUCCAACAAUUUGUGCUAAACAAGAAGAAAGUGGUAUUCAUGGGAGAUGACACGUGGGAAGCGCUGUUUCCAAAUAAGUUUGCCCGAUCAUUCCCCUUUUCUUCUUUUAACGUGAGAGACCUUCAUACAGUGGAUGAUGGUAUCCUUCAACAUAUCUUCACAACAGUGGAAGCUGGUGAAUGGGACGUGCUCAUUGCACAUUUUCUAGGCGUUGACCACUGUGGGCAUAGAUAUGGGCCUCGCCACUCAAUGAUGGCAGAAAAGCUCAAUCAGAUGAACCAGAUGCUGAGGUCAUUAAUUGCAACACUUCAAAAUGAUACCUUGUUGGUGGUAAUGGGAGAUCAUGGAAUGACAGAAACAGGAGAUCAUGGGGGUGACAGCGAAGGAGAAGUUGAUGCAGCUUUGUUUAUUUAUAGUCCGCUUCCCAUGUUUGAGAUCAAAACUGAAGAUCCAGAGGUCGUGUCUCAGAUAGAUCUUGUACCAACCCUGGCUCUUCUACUUGGAAUUCCUAUUCCAUACAGUAAUAUUGGCAUGGUGAUAGCAGACAUGUUUACCUCUUUACCAAAGCUGGGUGAUGAUCAGUAUCUUGAACAUGCAAAAGCACUUCGCAUUAAUGCCAUUCAGGUGAAUCGAUUUUUGGAAUCUUAUUUUCAAGUAGCUAAGGAUCUUCCCUUGGAAAAGCUAAGUUACCUGAAGCAAUUGUUUUCCACUGCAAUGGCAGAAUACAAUGACCUGAUUACAGACCAACAUGUUUUUGAAAAAUUUGUUCCAAACCAAAACCACCUUGCCAGGAUGCAAAAUCUGAUCAUCACAAUGCGGCGUUACUUGAGGGAGACCAAGGAAAUGUGUCAAGAAUCAUGGGCCCGAUUCAACCCUGUGCAUAUGCUGUGUGGUAUUAUACUUCUAACAGCAGCCUGCGUACAUUGUUUUCUGGUAUCUGAAAAUGUGUCAACUUUUGAAUCCUUACACAGAGUUCUACUUUUCUAUCCAAUUAUCUGGGGCCUGGCUGCAGCGUUAAUAGUCAGUAUCUGGAUGCUGAUAUCUGGCAUUAUGGUAAAGUCUCUGACAUUAUGUUGUUGGGUGGCUGUUGGUUCACAUUUGGGCUUCCAUUGGCAUUUUUGGAGAUCUAAAUACAUUAAGAAUCAAGUUGCAAACAAAUUAUCCCAAACCUCUAUUGCUGCUAUUCAAGAGAAGUGGCAAAGUUGGUGGAAGAUCUUAAUUCCUUUGGGACUUACCUUAUUACGGUGUGGAGCCAUGUUUUCCAAUAGUUUUGUAGUAAAUGAAGGGCAAGUAGUAUCUUUCCUUUUGAAGUCUAUUGUGACUUUCACAGUCCUAGAACUAAAAUGGAAUGGAAAACUUAAUCAUGGUUUAAAUGUGAUAGACAUGCAUAGGAACCCUAGUUUUGUAACAUAUAAAAGAGAAUCUCUUUACAUAAUUGGAUUACUGGUUACCUUUCUGCUGUGUGUGCUUUGCUCCAAUAACUUUUAUAACUGUCGUGAAGAACUUGCAAAUUGUGAACCCUCUUCCUUCCUCAGGCCUUUGUCAAGUUUAAGUAAUAGGCAAGAAAGGAACGUCCAUUACAUUUUGUCAGUGUUGUCACUUGGAUUCUUGGUCUACCUCAUACGAAAAUGGUUCCUUCAUUACGGAAACCUCAACAGCUCUCAUUUGAUUGUGUUAUUUGUACGUUUGGGUUUCCCUUUUAUCGCUUUUUGCUCAUGCUGCUAUUGGGCUGUAAAUGCUGCCCCUGAAGAAACUUCUGUUAAACUUCAUGAUAUGAAAGAGAAGAUUGUGGUCGUUCUCCCAGGCAUUGUCUUUGGCCUUGUAACAACCGGCUUCUUUAUCGUGCUGUGGAAUCCAAUUACUGUCUUUGUGAAGGAAAAUAGACAGUCUGAUGAAACUCUUAUCCCUUCCUGUAAAAGCUCUGCUGAAAUGAAAGCUGAUUCUCUACACGUCAUCCCACUGAUAUACCGUAAAAUACAACAAUCAAUGAAAAUACAUUUUAAUGGUGAUCGGGAUGAAUCUCGGACGGUGGCUGCUUAUGGACUGGGGACUGUAUACUCUGCUGCACUCCUUAUUGUUAUUGUUCUUUUAGCAUUUUUACUUAUUCUGCUUCAUAAUGAGAGAAUGUCACUGGCUUUCCUGCUACUGUUCUUGGAGGGAUUUUCUCUCCUGGAAAUACAUGGUAUGGCAAGGAAUCUUUCAUUACAGACUGAUAACACAGGCUAUUUUACAGUCCCAUGGUAUGCCGUUACAGCCUGGGUCUUUGCAGCGACACAGUUCUUUUAUGCCACUGGGCAUCAGCCAACAUUCCCAACUAUCCAGUGGAAUGCAGCCUUUGUUGGGUUCUCUGAAGGGCAUAGCACCAAUAUACUGCCAGCAAUAUUGGUUGGAAUGAAUACCUUUGCUUCUCAUAUUCCCGGCAUUGGAUGUCCUUUGUUGCUGUUUUGGCCAUUUGUCCGUGAAGUGAAAAACACAAAAAACAAGAGCACCAGAAAGGAGCCUGGAGAUGAGGGGCUGAUGAUGGAGAUGAGGUUGCAAGAAAAUCCUGAGAUGUUUUCCACAGCCUUGCUACAACUGGGAAUGCGAUACUUAUUCGUCUAUGGCGUGCAGCUUCUGGCUUCUGUGUGUGCAGCUGCCAUAUUAAGAAGACAUUUAAUGGUCUGGAAGAUAUUUGCGCCAAAGUUUCUUUUUGAGGCUUUGGGGUUUAUUGUGAUGAACAUCUACCUUGUUAUCACUUUUUGUUUUGUGAUGCGUGUGGAUGUUGGUGUCAAUACAUGGUUUAAAGGACUCCAGAAGCAGUCAAGGUAGUUGCUGACACCAUUACAAAUGAACUCCAGUGAAGAUUGCUAUAGAUAUUUACAAUGGGACAGAUUGCCAAUCACAUUGAAUACCAAAGGAAAACCAACCUUAACUUAAUUUAAUUAUCUCUAGAUAUAGGUUGCCAUUGUAAAAGAAGCACAAAUGACCACCUUGCCUUCUAUAGCCAUCAAACAAAUGCUGAAGUUCCUUUGUACGCACAAGUGAAGAAGAAUUUUGAGCCACUGAAUAAAAGGUAGCUGUCUGCUGUUUCUUGAGGUUGACUAUUACUCGAAAGAAGUUAUUUGUAAAUAAGUGCCAUUUUUAACUUUUGUCUACAUGGCAUGUAGAUGUGACAGCAUAACUUAAAUCACAUUUGUUUUAGUGAAAGACUUCAAGCAUAAAGAUAAACUGCCUCCGGUUUAAUGUUUUGUAAUAUGACAAAUUCCUGUUGUCAUGCAAAUUUAAUUACAAAACCAAACCAGUUGUAUUAUAAUUUUUCAUGUGAAUACUAAAUUUAAAUCUUUAAUGAAGGUUCUUAAUGUUGACAUUUUGCAGAGAUUAUUCCAUUAUAAUGCUGUCAGAUGUAAAAUAAGUGCAAAUAUUGUGCAAAUCCUUAAAAGAUAUGUUACAUAGUAAUUUCAUUAAUUCAGAUAAAGUGUUUAAAAUGCCAAUGCGAAUACAUCUUUGUAUUUGCCUUUGUAUGAGCAGAGUAUUUGUCCAAGAAAGCAAAACUCAUUUACAUUAAGUGUGUUCAUAAUGUCAUAAGGAAUAGUAGUAGAAUUAGGCCUUUCGGCCCAUCAAGUCUACUCUGCCAUUCAAUCACGGCUGAUCUUUCACUCCCUCCUAACUUCAUUCUUCUGCCUUUUCCCCAUAACUAACACCUGUACUAAUCAAGAAUCUAUCUGUCUCUGCUUUAAAUAUAUCCACUGACUCGGCCUCCACAGCCUUCUGUGGCAAAUAUUUCCACAGAUUCACCACCCUCUGACUAAAGUGUUGGAUUUUUCAUCACUCCAAUUUAAAAAAUAAAUAAAUAUCCACUCCAGAUUCUUCAUGUUUCAGCAGCAUAAACAUUCCCAAUUCUGAGGAAAGGUCACAGACCUGAAACCUUGUUUGGUUUUCUUUCUAUUGAUGCUGCUUGAUUAGCCGAGUUCUUAAAGAAUGUUUUUAUUUUCAGAUUCCAGCAGUUUUGUUUUCAGUCCUUUGAGUUUGAAUUAUUUUGGUACGUUUUUAAAUGCAGCAUAAAUUAAUACAUUUUUAAUUACAAUGGCUUAUGUGGGAAGGGCUGCUUUGUAUUAUUGAUAUAUUGCAGAAGUGGUGAUCAAAUGUUUUUUUUCUUCCAAUAGUCAAUUAAACUGUGUGACUGUAGAUAAGUGAUUAGCUGUUUUAAUGCUGUUGCAAUGGUUGUUUGUCUUGUAAAUUCAAUGUUGAUUACUUGUUUAUGAAAUGUCAUACUUUGUUAAUUAAAUUAAAAAAUAAUGAAAAUUAAAAUACAUUUUCUGCU